AUGAGGAGACGAGGCGCCAACGCUCAGCUCGCCGGCACCGCCGCGCUCUUCCUGCUGGUAGCAGCCAUCCCGGCGACGACGGCUGCCGUGUUGCCAUCGGAGGGCGAUGCCCUUUUGGCAUGGAAGGCCAGCCUCGUUGAGGCAGCCGCGCUCUCCAACUGGACCAGGGACGUGCCGGUCUGUAACUGGGUCGGCGUGUCCUGCGACGCCAUUGGACGCGUCUUCGAGCUAAGGCUCGAGGGAGUCGAUCUCUCGGGCGGACUCGAUACGCUCGACACCACGGCGUUCCCGGCGCUCGCCGUUCUGAACCUCUGGGGGAACAACCUCCGCGGGGCCAUUCCGUCCAGCAUCUCGCUGCUGCGCUCCCUCGUAUCACUCAAUCUCAGCAGCAACUGUUUCAACAGCUCCAUUCCAGCGCAGCUCGGUGACAUGCCCGGCCUCCAGUCUCUUAGCCUCCGCAACAACAGACUCGUCGGCGACAUCCCGCACCACCUCUGCACGCUCCUUCUUGUCAGCGUACUCGACCUGUCAAACAACCGGCUCACCGGGAACCUCUCGGACUGCUGGUGCAAUCUCAAGGCUCUGCAGCACAUCGACCUGUCAAACAACCGUCUCGCCGGGAACCUCCCGGACUGCUGGUGCAAUCUCAAGGCUCUGCAGCACAUCGACCUGUCAAACAACCGUCUCGCCGGGAACCUCCCGGACUGCUGGUGCAAUCUCAAGGCUCUGCAGCACAUCGACCUGUCAAACAACCGGCUCGCCGGGAACCUCCCGGACUGCUGGUGCAAUCUCAAGGCUCUGCAGCACAUCGACCUGUCAAACAACCGGCUCGCCGGGAACCUCCCGGACUGCUGGUGCAAUCUCAAGGCUCUGCAGCACAUCGACCUGUCAAACAACCGUCUCACAGGGAACCUCCCAGACUUCUGGUGCAUGCUCCAGGUUCUGCGGUACAUCAACCUGUCAAACAACCGGCUCACUGGGGGCCUCCCAGGAUGUUGGUGCGGCCUUCAUGCUCUAUGGUUCAUGAACCUGUCCGAAAACUUGCUCAUUGGGAAGCUCUCGGACUGCUGGUGGAAUUUGCAAGCUCUGGAGUACAUGAACCUGUCCAACAAUUCCUUCUCAGGUGAAAUCCCAGCUAUUAUGGCAGGCCACAAUUGUUCUCUCACUUUCCUAAAUCUUGCCAAAAAUGCCUUUGGUGGAACCUUCCCACACCUAGAGGGUUGCAACUCAUUAGCAAUCCUCGACCUCAGUAGCAAUAGUUUAAACAGCACUAUCCCGCCACAGCUCGGUGACAUCAAUAGCCUCACCGGCCUCCGACUCUACAAUAACAACCUUGUCGGCACCAUUCCGUCACAGCUCUGCGGGCUCCUCUCCGUCAGGGUACUCGAUCUAUCAAGUAACCAGCUCAUGGGCGAUCUCCCAGCCUGCUGGUGCAACUUCCAAGUUCUGCGGUUCAUGGACCUAUCCAAAAACAUGCUCACUGGGAAGCUCCCGGACUGCUGGUGGAAUGCUCUAGAGUUCAUGGACCUGUCCAGCAACUCCUUCUUAGGUGAAAUCCAUGCGGGUAAAUCAAGCCACAACUGCUCUCUCAAGUCACUGUAUCUUGCCAAAAAUGGCUUCAGCGGUGUCUUCCCACAGGUCCUAUGGGGUUGCAAGUUGCUAGUCACCCUAGACAUCGGGAGCAAUAGGUUCUUUGGUGCUCUCCCUCCAUGGAUUGUGAUUCAAGUUCCAUCAUUGCAAAUCCUUAGCCUCCGAUCAAAUAACUUCACCGGAGAAAUUCCUUUGGAGCUAUCACGGCUUCCACAACUCCAGUUGCUCGACAUGGCAAACAAUAGCUUUACUGGAGCAAUUCCGGUAGCCUUCGGAAACUUGACCUCGAUGAGGGAUCCAGAAAAUACGUCGACUCCGAGACGGCUCGACGGAACGAAAUACCAGGAUAGGAUCAACAUAAACUGGAAGGGGCAAGAGCUAACUUUCCAAAGAAACCUCCGUUUACUAACUGGUAUAGAUUUGUCGCGCAAUUUCUUAUCCCAGUGCAUCCCUAAGGAGCUAACCAAACUUAAGGGCCUCCGGUUUCUGAACCUAUCAAGAAACCAUCUAUCAUGCAACAUUCCAGAAGACAUUGGUAGUUUGAUUUUUCUCGAGUGCCUCGAUGUGUCAUCUAAUGAACUUACAGGAAACAUUCCUCUGAGCAUCUCAAGCUUAACGGCGCUUAGCACAUUCAAUAUCUCGAACAAUCUUUUGUCAGGCAAGAUACCUGUUGGGAGUCAGAUGCAGACCUUGACCGACCCAUCGAUUUACUCCAACAAUUCAGGGCUCUGUGGAUUUCCUCUAGAAAUUCCGUGUGCAAAUACUUCGCUUGCACCGGAUGAAAGAAAUGAUGAAGAAGUGGACCAUUGGAUGUACUACUUUGUGAUUGCUGGGAUUGUGUUUGGUUUCUGGUUGUGGUUUGGGGUGCUCUUUACAAUCAAGACCUGGAGAUGUGGUUUUCUCUUGUUUGUUGAUGGCAUGCAAUGGAAGCUCCCAGACUGCUGGUGGAACCUGCAGGACCUGCAGUUCAUGGAUCUGUCGAACAACUCCUUCUCAGGUAAAAUCCCUGCAGUUGUGGCAAAUCAAAACUGCCCUCUUAGUUCGCUUUACCUCGCCGGAAAUGGCUUCGUCAGUGGCUUCCCACCGGUCCUAGAGGGCUGCAAUUCGUUGUCCACCUUGGACAUGGGGAACAACAUGUUCUAUGGUUCUAUCCCUAUAUGGAUCGGGAGUCACUUCCCAUUGCUGAGAAUUCUUAGGCUCAAAUCAAACAAUUUCACCGGAGUUAUCACAGCUAUUGCAACUUCAAUUGCUUGA